CGCUGAAUUCACAGCUUUAGCUACCGCUUAGCUUACAUGUAGUCAUUCCGCAUUUAUUUAUAUUCGCAAUUUUACGAUUACGCUUAAUAUUUUGCGCAAUUUUUUAUUAAAAAACUACUGCUUUAGGACUGUUUUAAUAUUGCUCAUUUUGCACCUACGGUGUUCGCUAGCCACUACUGCGCAUUGAACGUGAUGGGGGAGGUUGAACUGUCCUGCCUGGCAUAUGUCAAGAUGUACCUGCACGCCUGUUUGUUUCCACGCUGCAGUGUGAACGGCGUCCUUUUGUCCUCCACCCCAGCUGGGGGCGCUGUGUGCGUGACGGACUGUGUGCCUCUGCUCCACUCGCACCUGUCUCUGGCCCCCGUCACACAGCUUGCCCUCACACAGGUAGACGUAUGGUGCGCGCAGACGCAGCAGAGGAUUGUGGGAUACUAUCAAGCCAACGCCAGUGUGUCGGACAGCAGCCCCACGCCGUGCGCGCUGAAGAUAGCGGAUAAAAUCGCGGAGCAGUGCAGUAACGCAGUGAUGCUGAUGAUCGAUGGUGCAAAGAUGUCGGCGGGGUACAGAGUUCCCCCGAUUGUCAUGUACGAGCGCAAAGAUUCGCGGUGGACGCUCAAAGACAAACACACGAUAAUGCUGCAUCAGUGGGAGGAGACUCGUGCAAUAGCCAAUCAGCUGCUGGACUCUGGAGACCACACCUUACUAGUGGAUUUUGAUAGUCAUCUGGAUGACAUCACAAAGGACUGGACCAAUCAGAAACUGAAUGCCAAGAUCGCAGAGCUUGCCUCACCAGCCAAUGGCAAUGUCUAAAUGUAACAUGUUAAUUAGCCUAUAAAUUGAGUGACAAAUAAACACUAAGCUAUUUAAUAUGAA